AUGUUUGUGGUGACCAAGUUUGAUGUGUGUGAUGUAGAUCAUCUUCCUCUCAGACUGAGUGGAGGGAAGGGUUUGUGUUCGGGGAGACUGGAGGUUUAUCAUAACUCUGUGUGGGGUUCAGUCUGUGAUGAUCUGUGGGACAUCAGAGAUGCUCAGGUGGUCUGCAGGCAGCUGGGUUGUGGAGCAGCAUUGAGUGUUGAUGGGAAUGAAGCGUUUGGUGCUGGUGAAGGUGUUGUGUGGAUGAACAGAGUCGAGUGCAGAGGCACUGAGAUUCACCUGUGGGACUGUCCUCAUGUCCUGAAAAAACACACUGACUGCUCACACAAAGAACAAGUUAGACUCAUCUGUGCAAACUCAUCAGUGUCUACAACUCCUGCCACAACAACAACAUCAGCUUCUCCUUCAGUUUCUCAGACAAACAGGAGAUCAGUGACUCCUCCACAAACUCCUCCUCUCUUCAAUCCUCCAGUGGUUGUGAUUGUACUGGGAGUUUUGCUCUUACUGCUCUUAGUGCCGCUGCUGAUACUGAUUCAACACAACAGAGAGAUGAGGAGUCUCAUCUCUGAAGAACAGCAUUCUGGAUAUGAAGAUGCUGAUGAGCUUCUCUCAGCAAAAGACUACAAGAUUGAAUAUUAUGAUGAUGUCUCCAAUGGCAGUGACCUGAAAGAAGAGAUGGUGAAUAAAGUCCCAGCAGAAUACUAUGAUGAUGUCAUCACUGAUGGACUAAAGGCAGACAGUGAGACAGAAGACACACUUGAGAAGUAUGAUGAUGUCAUCACCACAGGACAAAACUCUGAUCUUCAAAAAGAGAGUUAUGAUGAUGUCAUCAUCAAUGGACAGAACUUUCAAGGUGUAAUAGAGGGAGUUCAGGAGGAGUAUGAUGAUGUGAAGAAUGACAGUGAAGAUGUGACAAACCUGUUAGAUUAUGAUGAUGUGGGGGAGGAGCCAAACAAAGUGGGAGGGACUGUGUGA